CCGGGUGAGUUUCACCUGAAGACAGAAGGAAAAAAGUGCAACAUACUAAAAACACAUUGUGCUAAAUAAAUGUCCCAACGUAGCCAGACAAUCCUGAAGAUUGAGUCCACCCACACGCGCCGUUCUCGGGGGGGGGGGGGGGCAGGCUAAAAUGAAUAAAACGCAAAAUCCAGCGAGUCAAAUUCUGUGCUCGAGAAAAUCGUCACACGUAACGAAUAUGUGUUGUGCAUUUUUUUGUGCGUGUGUGCGAACGUACCGAACGUCGCUCUGCUUUCCCGGGAAUUCAUUUUCUUUCCUUUCAGACGAGCUGCGCUUGAAGUCGCCAGCCGCCUCUCUCGGGUCCGAAGUCACCUCAUCCGGGUCCUCUUCCUCUUCCUCCCCAAGCUCGCUCCAGGACUGCCAGCCACCUUUGGCCCCACGCCCGUCUCCCGGCGGGCUCCGCGCGCCCUCCUUGCCAAGCGAGAGCUCGCCCCCUCCCCACUGGCCCAACCACAUUGCGACUUUCGCGACCUCCCUCCCCAACACUCACUCCUCCCUCUCUCCAGACUUUCCUCACCCGUCGCUGUCUUCUCAGACUCAUUCGCCUCAGCCUCCGGGUCAGAGCUCCGGCCACCGAGUCCCGUCGUCCCACUCCGCCACAGCCUCCCCGACGACGGGCGUUUCUGCCGGCGCCGCGACUUCCUCCUCGUCGUCCUCCCAGCGCGUGGCCACGCCGUGCGGCGGCGGCGACGACGGCCCGGCUCGGCGCGAGGCUUCCGGCUCGGCCGGCCCCCGGGUCCUCCAGAUUCCCCCCGCCCUCGCGGUCCUGCUGGAGGAGCUUCGUGUUUUACAGCAGAGGCAAAUCCACCAGAUGCAGAUCACCGAGGAAAUUUGCAGGCACGUCUUGAAGCUCGGAUGCGCCGUCCUGGGGCAGGAUGUCAACCUGCGAAUCGGCGGGGCCGAGAGCCACCAGAAAGCAGAGUCUUUGUCGCCGGCGCACCCCUCGACCGCGACGCCGGUCACUAAAGCCGCGGCGUCCUUGCUAAUGGGCCUUCCGUCGCCCCUCUUUGCUCAGCCGCCUCUCUCCAAACAAGGUCCUGCGCACGUCAACGGCGGCAGAACGCAGUCGUCCAUGUCUACCGCCGUGUCGAGCUCCUCCUCCUCCGUGGCCUCCCUUCAUCCGCUGUCUUUGUCUUUGGGGCUGCCGCCACGCUCCUUGUCCAAAGCUCCCUUAUUUGCUCACGACAAAAGCGUGAGUUUUGCCGUCGGCAGCCAUUCCCAGGAGCUCCAAUCUGCGGCCUCCUCUCUGGGUUCCUCCUCGGCAUCGGGACGACCGCAGCACAUGUGUCGCUUCUGUGGAAAGUUCCUGAGCAGCGACUCGUCACUCCAGAUCCAUCUGAGGUCACACACGGGCGAGAGACCGUACCAGUGUCCGGUGUGCCUGAGCCGCUUCACUACACGAGGAAACCUCAAAGCGCAUUUCCUGCGCCACCGGGAGCAGAAUCCAGAGCUUUCCCUCUCACUGCUGCCCCCCGCGCUCUCGGAUCAGACGCAGAGCGUCUCGGCCGCCGGCGCCGUCCAGAGGAGGCGGAAGCGCCGAGCUGAUGACGACGAGUCCUUUCCCAAAGCGAAGGGGAGCGUUCCGGCCGGCGUCACGGAGAAUAUGGCUCUGGGGUUCCUCGCCGGCACGUCCCCGAGGCCCUCUCCUUCCUCUUUGCCCCUGCCGCCCUCAGUGGACAUGGCGCUGUUGUCCACGGCCCAUUCCCUGCUCCAGCUGAAUCGAGCCUCGGCAGUCGUCGGCGCGCCGGGCCCCGUGCUGCCUUCCUCUACGCCGUCAUCGUCAUCGUCGUCCUCGUCCUCGCUCGCGAGUCACUUAAAAGGGAUGAAGCAGCAGCGCUUUGAUGAAAACACUCCUCCUCACUCAGCCCUCCACGCACCUGCCUCCUAUUCCCAAGUGCCUCACCUCCCCAAGAUUCUCUUCCCAGGAGGUGCGUCUCCACACCACCUCGCCCUCCUGCGGCCCACGGGCCACCCGCCCGCCUCCCACCUCCCCUUCCCUUUCCCGCCGUUCCCCAAAGCGAGCACCUCUUCUUCUCCCUGCUCCUCCCCUACCACCUUGGCACAGACCUCAGACACCUCCAAGCUGCAGCGCCUCGUGCAGAACCUCGAAAAGCAGCCGCAAGAGGGAACCUCCACUUCCUGCGCUCCUUCACCCGCCCUGGUGGAGGCCAGCGCCAACUGUCACGAUUUGACCACCGCCCCGGGCACCUACCACAGGGAAAUGUUAGCCACUCUCGGCAUCAGUCCCAACCCCGUCCGAGAGCCCCGAGACCCCGCCUCGACCGCCACGGCUACUUCCCCUUUGCCCGCCCCCGAGGCAGCCAAUCAGUGCGGCGUGUGCCUGCGGGUCCUUAGCUGCGCUCGAGCCCUGCGCUUGCACCAGGCCACCCACCUGGGAGAACGCCCGUUCCCUUGCAAACUCUGCGGCCGCUCCUUCUCCACAAAGGGCAGCCUCAGGGCGCACCUGGCCACUCAUCGAGCCAGACCGGCAAACGCCCGGGCACUCAACUCCUGCCCGCUGUGCCCACGCAAGUUCUCCAAUGCCUUAGUCCUCCAGCACCACAUCCGCCUUCACCUCGGAGGCCAAAUACCGUCCGAUGACAACCCGACGCAAACGGAAGAUGGCGCGGAAACGGAGAACGCGGCGUUUAUCAGUGACGCGGGGAACGGUGUGGGGAGUUCACAAUCGCAGGCGCAACAGCUCUUUCCGCUGGCCCUGACAAGUGCAACCUCCAAAAACGUCACUCCGAAGACAGACGCGGUUUGCGAUGUCAAGACAGAGCCGUCUGAGGAUUCCACACCAAGCGUCAGCCCACCUCUGACCCGUAAUCCCCACUCGGCAGGAGCGGAGGACCCCCCGGAUCAGAGCGAUGACCUCCAUGAAGGGAGCCCCGUGAGCAAUUUACAACCUGAACUGGGAGACCCCUCGGGCAACUCUGGUUCUACCGACGGCGCUCUCUCCUCGUGUAUUACGAAGCUCAACGCGCUCAACGAGGCUGGCGACGGCGACGGCGGAGGCAAUGAACGCACCCCGGCUGAAAAGCCAGAGAGUGCCCCCGGUCCUUCGGCCAGCCCGGCAACCUGUAGCUCAGCAGCCGACGUUAGCGUCCCGGACGGGUCCCGAAGUGAAGGCGAGCGAGACGACAAGAUCGCGGCGGCGCGACCGCUGACGGCGGGAGAACCGGGAGAGCGUUCCGAGAGCCCCGAGCCGCCUGUUGCAGCAUCGGGCCCGCGCUCCCAAUUUCUCCGCUCAGACAAACCCUACGGCUGCUCCCAGUGCGGGAAGACGUACGCCAGUCGCGGCGGCUUAAAGGGACACAUGAGAACUCACCCCGGAGCUUUGGCCGCGACCUCGAAGGCUCACAGCAACAACGCCGACGCUGCCGAGGAUCUGAGCUCCAAGGAAGAGAAGAAGGGAGGCCGUGCAGAUUCGUGACGAGGGUGCCUG